AUGCCAAGCUAUAUCAAGUUCCUUAAAGACAUUCUGUCUAAAAAGAGAAGAUUAGGUGAAUUUGAGACAGUUGUACUUAUUGAGGAGUGCAUUGCUAUCAUCCAGAAUAAGCCUUCACCAAAGUUCAAGGAUCCAAGUAGUUUCACCAUUCCAUGCACUAUUAGUACUCUAUUGUUUGCAAAAGCUUUAAGUGAUUUGGGAGCAAGUAUCAAUUUGAUGUUAUUAUAUAUUUAUCGAAAACUUGGUUUGGGGGAAAUCAAGCUUACUUCUAUGACCUUGCAACUCACUGAUCGAUCUUUCACUUAUCUAAGAGGUAUUGUUGAAGAUGUGCUAGUUAAAGUUGAUUUUCAAGUAAACUUCAUAGUACUUCACAUAGAGGAAGAUCGUGAAACACCAAUUAUUUUGGGGAGACUAUUUUUAGCUACUACUAAAGCUCUUAUUGAUGUAAAAAAGGGAGAACUUACCUUAAAGGUUCAAGACCAAGAGUUAACUUUCAAUAUUUUCAAAGCGAUAAAGUUUCCUCAAGAGUUUGAUGAAUGCUUUGCAAUCAACAUAGUAAAUAAAAUCACCAAUGAAGUGUUUAUAGAAAACUAUCCCAAUGAUCCACUUGAGGCUUCUUUAAUUUCUACUUCUGAAAGGGAUGAUGAUGAAUUUCUUGAAUUUGUUGGAUGCUCCACCACGUGUUAUUAUAUUUAA